AUGGGUUACGAUCAGCAGCGAGAUCGUUUAUACGAGGACAUGCCCGAUUCCGAGCUCGAUGAUUCGAUUCGUCGGAACAAGCUUACUCGGCAGAAGAUGGCCCACAGAUUGCCUGACAAAGGCGAAAAGCUUCAAAUUGCUCUUAAGCGGAUGGAGGACGAAUGGGAGCGACGGAGGACACUAAGACGGGAGGGGACGGGUACUGGUAAGUGGGAGAAGCCCACACAAGCCGUGAUCUCUAGAAAUAUAGGUGCUUCUAUUGGCUCCAGUGAGGAGGCUUCAUUCGCUUCCCUUUUUAAACGAAAGCUGGAAGAAAAUUCAGAUUCUAGGACAGCUAGUGAAUAUCAUGGAGAAUCAUCUUUACAUCCCUGUAACCAGCAGAACAUGAAAAACAAUGGAGAGUUAUUGCAAAAGGGAGGACAUAAAGGUCGUUCUUCAUCAAGAUUUUUGCGUCGUCAAUGCCCUAGCAAUUUCUAUCAUAAAAGAGAUAAAUGCUCUCUUUCAAAUGGUGAUCAUAAAGGCAUGGAUUCUUCCCCUUAUCCACUUCGCCACUGUGGGGAGAACACGUCUAGUUGUGCCACAAGGAAUGAUGCUUCUCAAGUAAAUGGUUUGAGGCCUAAGAAGGCUCAGAACAUUGUUGUUGUGGAUGACGAGGAACCUCAGUCUAUGGACACGACAGAGGAAGCAGAAGAACUUCCUGAAUGCAUGAAAGAGACUAAGAUCUACUACCCAUCAAGAAGAGAUCCAGAAUCUGUAGAAAUUUGUUAUGCGGACAUCAAGUGCCUUGAUCCUGGAUGCUACUUGACAUCGACUAUUAUGAACUUCUACAUCCGAUAUCUACAGCAACAAGCAUCCUCAAAGGACAGGGGAAUAUUCGACUGCCAUUUCUUUAAUACAUUUUUUUACGAGAAGCUCAAAGAGGCUGUCGCAUAUAAGGGGAACGACAAGGAUAAACUUUUUGGUAAGUUUAGAAGGUGGUGGAAGGGUGUUAAUAUAUUCCAGAAGGCAUAUUUACUUAUUCCGAUUCAUGAAGAUGUACAUUGGAGUCUAGUGAUUAUUUGUAUCCCUGACAAGGAAGAAGAAUCUGGACCAAUUGUACUUCAUUUAGAUUCCUUAGGAGUCCAUUCUCCCAGAUCAGUUUUUCAAAAUAUUAAAGGCUAUUUGAAAGAAGAAUGGAACUAUUUGGAUCAAGAAGUCGCCGUUUCAGAUAUUCCUAUUUCAGACAGUAUAUGGAACCAACUUCCCAAUAAAAUUGAAGAGAAAAAACUUGCGGUCCCCCAACAGAGAAAUGAGUAUGAUUGUGGUCUCUUUGUACUUUUCUUCAUGGAGCGAUUCAUUGAAGAGGCUCCUCAAAGGCUGCAAAGGAAAAAUUUAGCAAUGUUUGGCAAGCGGUGGUUCAAACCUGAAGAGGCUUCCAGUUUGAGAAUGAAAAUCCGGAAGCUACUCAUACAAGAAUUUCGAGAUGCACAUCAGGUUAAUUGCUCUAAAGAAUCUUCUCCACAGUCUGGUGCUUCUGAAGAAUGA